AUGCCAGAAGCCUCCGGCACGACGGCGACCGCGCCGAAACCCGCAGACCGAGCUGUCCCCGUCACUCUCAACGAGGCCGUCCUCGAUUCCCCAACAUUCCGCGCAACCGCCACUCACUUUGCCGACCAGGUCGAUGCCGUCGAAAAGUGGCUCAAUGGAUAUGUCGGCUCGACAUCGAAACUCAUGAGCGGCCUCCUCUCUCUCGAAGACACCGUCAACAACUACCUCUCCAAGACGACUCCCUUUCCCGACAAUGUCAUCGACAAUGACUACACACUCCUGGCCCUCAAGCGCACUAGCGAAGGCAUGCGAGAACUCUGGACGCAAUUGCUCAACACGCAAAAGCGAAUGGAGACGGCUGUCGUCGAGCCCAUUCGGUCGUUUCUUACUGGGGAGCUGCGGAACUUUAAGGAGAUAAGGAGAAGCUUAGAGCAGACCCAGAGAACCUAUGAUACAACUCUCGCCCGUUAUGUGUCUCAGUCCAAGACAAAGGAGCCCUCCGCCCUCCGCGAAGAUGCCUUCUCCGUAUAUGAGAAUCGAAAGGUGUAUAUCCAGGCUGCGAUGGAUUACUGCCAGCUCGCGCCUCAGCUCCGAUAUUCGCUGGACCAGCUGCUGGUCAAAAUCUGCUGUGAUAUAUGGAAGGAGAUGAGCCGUGCCAAAGAUGCGGCUUCGAGCGCCACCCGAUGGGGCCGAGAGCUGGAUCGUGUCCGGGGAUGGGCGAAAGAGAUGGAGCUGUCAGAUAAUGUCUUCAGACGGGAGAUGCAGAAUGCAAGAAAGGAUAUUAGUGACGCGACCUCCGAGACCUUCAAACCUUCUCGCGAAUUAGAGGAUUACAGCACCUCGACUGUAGCAUUCUUAGGGUCGCGCGGACCCGUCAGCGUUCGCCCGAAUGAUGAGGGCGGCGCUGCUGUUACCGAGAAGCAAGGCUGGCUGUUCUUGCGGAUCGUAACAGGCAAGCCCGUCAGAUACAACUGGGUUCGGCGGUGGUACUACUGCCGAGAUGGCGUAUUCGGCUGGCUGACUCCUGGCACGCAAGGUGUUUUGCAAGGAGACGAGAUUGGAGUGCUGCUUUGCAACGUCAAGCCGGCCGCCGGCGAGGAGCGACGAUUUUGCUUCGAGCUAAAGACAAAGAGCCGGAGCAUGCUGAUGCAGGCCGAAACGCAAAAGGAACUGACUGACUGGCUGGAAGUUUUUGAGAUUUCGAAAAAGAAGGCAUUUGAAGCCACCAUGGACAGAGAUAACAGCCCACUGGCCGGCGGUGUUGACCCGGCAUUCUCAAUAUCUGCCCCUAGCAUCCCGGAGUUUUCGGCCAAGGCAAUCGAUGCGCAGAUGGGCUCGUCCGAUGACAUUGUACCCAGUAUAGAUCGUAUAUCUACCUUGGCUGUUCCCGGAGCAGACGAUGGUUCAUCUACCCGACGGAGUUAUGAUCCUAAUGGGAACGGAUCUCGUCGAUCCAUCUCAGCACUUGGACGGGACUUGGCACGAGAAGAAGGCGAGAGCGGUCGAGAGCACGCGGCAAGGAUCAUCCAGAAGCUUGAUCUUCACCGUAAAGCGACUUUCGGCGCCAGCCCUGAGCCUACGCUGACGACUUCCGGCUCAUCAGGAGGUCUGUCCGGCAUGGUUUCCGGAAACCAAGGCUCCCAGCUCGUAGGGACUUCUCUAUCUUUGACGUCUUCAAGUCAAGCCAAGCUCACAGGUGUUGCGCUUCCACUGCUGGACAGCAAACCUGGUACACUUGCCCCCCCUACUUUGGCUAGGCCUCCAACAAUCACGAGUUUCAGCCGCACGGCUGUGCUCAUUGCCGGUGAGCGAGGCCAUGUCUUGGAAGGCAAGAAACUACCUACAUCUGUUCUUGCAAACUAUUGGGGGACCAGCAUGUGGAACUCAAUGCAAUCUGAGCCGGCUGCGACGACCCCCCUUGACAACGACGACCCCAUUGGCGUUGUUGUAUCAGAGGACUCGCAGGCGACGACGCCUCUUGGUGAGGCAGUACAAGCAAAGAAAACUAGCGAGUCUUUACCAGCUGGAUACCCCCCUGAACUGAGAAUCCAGCACGCCCAGUUUAGGCUUCUGUUCCCCAAUGCGCCCCCUGAGGAGAGACUGGUGCUUGUAUUCCGAGCGGCCUGGUCGAGCUCGCUGGAGGGUAGUUCCAAGAGCGAGCUGCCUGCUGGCGAUGGCAGAAUCUAUGUGACGGCAGAGAACAUGUAUUUCUACGGUCAGCAAAUGGGCUUGGUAACAGCGUAUAGCAUCCCCUUGGAUAUCAUCACCGAAGUCACUGCGGCUACUGGCAGAGACUGCGAUUUCAUUUUCUUACACCUGAGUCAGGAUCUCAACGACACGGGAUAUAAGAGGAUAACCAUAAAGGUGUUCCUUGACGAUCUUCAGCUACUCCAUGCGCGUCUUAAUCUCUUGGUAGACAAUCUGCAAGCGGAAGAACCGCUUGACACUUUGGAAACCAUCAAAGCGUUAAUCAACAUUGAUCAACAUGAAUAUGAUAAGCCAAGCCCUAGCGCUGAGAGCUGGGAGGAGGUAUCAUCAAGCACGCCGAUGGAUAACGGCACAGCAUUGGGAAGGCCGGUGGAGCGGACCGCGGGCGACAUUCCUCGCUUGAUAGCUCCUACCUCUGGGCAAAAAGUCCCACUGAAGCUGAAUUUGCCCAAACACGAAGUCAUCUACGAACCGGAUGAUAUGACGUCGAUGGCAGCCGAGAGGCAUUUUGACCUUAGUGCAAAGGCAUGCUUCCACGUUCUGUUUGGAGACAAGAGCUUUGUGUUUCCAAAAUUGUACUUUGAGCAUCGCGCAAAGCAGAUUGCCCAGGGCCCAUGGUCAGCUGCAGUCGACAAAGAACCAUCGAAGCGUGAGUUUCAGUUUAAGAUUGACUACGUCGACGUCUUUGGUCGGUCGAAGACGGAGGAUAUACGGGAUUUCCAAACAAUUGAUGUCUUUAACGAUCAUGUCACAUACGUGGUUACGCAUACGAGAACGGCGUGGCAUCUCCCUCAUUCCCAGCUCUUCAAGUUGGUGACCAAGGUCGUCAUCACGUAUGUUGCCAAGUCAAAAUGCAAGCUGACAUUUUACGUGCGCGUCGACUGGUCAAAGUCACCGCCGAUAUCCAAGAGUUUGGUGGAGCGCCAGGCCCUCCGUGAUGCGGCUAGCGAUGCCGAAGAGCUCGCCGAAAUAGCUACUGACCAGAUUCACAAGCUGGGCUCAAGAAGUCGCACUCAUAAGGCUAUCCAAGUAUACGGCCAAGUAGGCCAGCAAACCCAGGUAGUAGUCUUUUCGCCAGCACCUACCGACGCAAGGAAGAAGCAGGCCAUCAAGCCUCGCACGCUUACGGCCAUGCUGUUCGAGACGCUCAGGUCUCUUGGCGAAAGCGUGGUCUCCUCCGUGAUUUUGUGGAUCAUUGCAGCGUUGAAAAAGAUAUUCGACGUUGUAACCGCGCAUCGGCUCCUCUUGUUAGUCCUGGGGCUGAGCAUGGCUACCAACUUGAUGCUAUCUUCCACGGAAUCAUUGACUUGGUGGCAGGAACGGAGAGCGGCAAACUUUAUGCGCCGAGUUGGCGUGUCGCCGAACCACAUGAUGAGCAAGGCGAUCUAUAUUGCUGACUUGCAUGAGGCGUCUGGCGCCAGCGAUGAUGAGUUGUCCUCCUUUCCACAAAACAGCACGUGCUUCGGCACCUUCAGAGAAGUCUUGGACACCACGAGUAUGGAUUCUCCGUGGGAGACCGCGGGAGCUUCGCUGUCAUUGCCAUCAAGUCGAGCCACGGCUCGUCGGCUGCGGAAGACACGACAGAGGCUGGGGAUGUACCGGCAUGAUUUGCUGGUUGCAAUGAGGGUCGUCAACAGCGUUGAGCGGGAGUUGCUGCAAUCAGAAUGGGAAAACUGGCUGGACAACGAGAACUCCCUCUGCGAUAACCUCGAGGAGAUGUUACAUGAUAACGGCCGCAGAAGCAACGGCAAAGACCACGCAAGUGAUGGAUCAUCACAGAAGCCUAUGGACGCCAUACCGCCGGAACGGAAGAGAGCUUUGGAGGCGUGGCGGGAUGACUACUGCGGAAGUUGUCGGAGGGACCAUGCGUCUGCGAUGCAGGCGAGAAGGCUGACCAACCUUCCGGAGCAGCCGGUCCCUGGGAGUCGGUGGAGUCGAAAGUGCGAGCUCCCCAUGGUGGCCCAUCACGAGCCACUGCGGGCAAUGGGGCCGAUCGAGUGGGACGACGUCCCCGUUGGCAACCUCAAGCCGUUCAUGGACGAGGUCUUCAUCGAUGCCCAGACCGUCGCCGAGUCCGUCCCGUCGCCAACGACGGCCACGGCAAUCGGAGCGGCGGCGACGGCAACGGGCGCCGUGUUCGAACAGGCCGAGAAGGCGUAUUCGCAGCGGGAGGCGGGAUCCUCGCUUGCCAUGGCCCAGAAGCUGCGCAAGGAAUGGAAGGAAAUCAAGAUGACCCAGAACAACCCGUUGAAUAUCAGCGUCUACAAGCUUGGGGCCAAAGACGGCAGGGGAGCGUGGUUUGCGCGGAGGAGCGUCCACCAUGGCUUGACGUUUGAGGAGUGGAAGAAGGGCAUGGAGAUGGAGUUUCCCGAGACGCUCAAAGUACAGGGCUCGCCGGGCAGUGGUAAUAUUCGAGGCGUCGGCGCGGAUAGGCAAGUCGAGAGCCAAGAGGUCGAGAACUCGGGACACAUGAGUGUUUUCCAGCUCUCGGCUCAAUUCCCAGGACCCACGGCCCCGAGAGACUUCAUCACGCUACUACUUACGACCGACUUUGAAUACAAGCCGGCGGACCAGGAGAAACCUUUACGGCAACAUGUCAUUGUAUCGAAACCAUGCAACCAUGCAGAGUGCCCUCCACGAACGGGAAUAAUCCGCGGCUCCUACGAAUCCGUCGAAAUCGUCAGGGAGGUGCUUGUUGAGAACGGCCUUGCAUCAAAGAUAUCAUUAUUGUCAUCAGACCCAGGCUCUGAGGAGGUUCGAAGCUCUAGCUCGGACUCACGGGAGCAUCAGUCCGUGGCUAUUGAAUGGCUCAUGGUCACGCGAAGCGACCCUGGCGGCAGUGUGCCGCGCUUCAUGGUGGAAAAGGGCACUCCGCCCGGAAUUGUUGGAGAUGCCGGGAAGUUUGUCAAAUGGAUAACAGCAAUAUCACUGCUUAGCUCCAAAAGUGGCGAAAGCCUCCCCGAAGCAGUGAGCCCGACAAAGCGAGGCGAGGAAGAUGCAACGCUUCUUGAAAAUGGGAGCCCCCAAUUACCACCCAGGCAUAAACCGAAACCCAGUGUCGAUUCCAAGAAACGAGAAGAAAUAGAAGCUGCGAGAAGAGAAUCGGUGCAAAGCAUUCCUAGUAGCAAUGGCAUCUACGGCAUCAUAAGCGGAGUGUUUGAAGCCGCAUCAUCCGUCGUCGCCAGUGGACUGCGAGGUACGCUAGGAAGUCCGGCCGAGAGCAAUACUAGCCUUGACGACCUGGAAUCCAGAGCUGCAGAAGAGCACGAAACGGAUGCCGAUGUGACAGAUCUGAGCGAGACGUCUUCCAUCAGAACAUUUAGAUCAGCUCUCGAAAGAAGCAUGACUGAAGAAAAUCGAUCCAAGAGCGUGGCAGGCAGCCACAAUUCCGAUGAGUCCAAAACCCAAGGGAAACAGUUACUAGAAAAAGAACUGAGGAAGCUCCAGGAGAAGCGGCGAAAGCUAGAUGAAAAAGCCGCCCACAUGCAACAGCGCUUGGAAAAGAAACACCGCGGCGGCAAGGAAAAGGACGAAACGGCAAUCGCCAAGAUGCGCGAGAAGCACGAAAAGGAGAUUGCCAAGCAGGAAGCCAAAUACAGGCGGGAGCUGCAAAAACUAGAAGACAAGCGUGUGCACGAGGAGCGCAAGGCAGAAGCCCGCAGGCGCAAGGCGAUUGAGCGGGAGGAGAAGAUGAACCUGACGAUGGAGCUGGAGAAGACUAGAGCGGAGAGAGACGUUGCGCUGAAGGAGGUUGAGAUUCUCCAGUCGCAGGUCGGGCAGCUUCAGGCGCAGAACACCAUGUUGACGGCCAAGAUGGGACGGUUGAGUGGGCUUGAAGGGGCUACUGCUUCGUCUUCCAGGGGUUCGGGGAUAGAGAGCAUCAAGGGGUGAUGGCUGUCAAACAAGAGAGGCAUAAAACGCUUUAAAGGGGGUGUCAUGUUAUCUUUUCUUUUCUUUUCUUUUUCCAAGAUUCACAU